UGUUAUUAACGUAUCUCGCGCACCCCACCUUACCUCGAGGGAGAAACCUUACCAGGUAAAGGGAUUUGAUUAUAGAGUGAGGCUGUCUUCCCGCUUUAUCUCUCUGCCUUUUCUCUAAACAUCCCCUUCAGCCGCCCUCCAUCGUUUCUAGAUUUACUAUUAUUUCGCGCGCCGCGUGAGCCUACCUCUCUAACAGCACCGUCGGGCUUAAAAGCAGUCCUGCGCCAGUUUUACACCCAGCCUAUUCCAAGUAGAAGAAAGAAAGGGAGGGGGGGGAUACAAUAUCAAGAACAGCUCAUAAUCCAGUUAAACCUGACAGUUAUUACCCGCUUUUCACACUUGGAGCCACGGCCUCGAUGUGCCCUCCUUAGCGCCUUUGUGGCCCAAAUACCCACAUCUUUGCGCUACAGCCUAAGACCCUGUUCAUUCCAUCUGUCUUUUCUAUACAACCACGAAUUGUCCUGAGUAUUGCCUUUUCGAGUGACUACGAUUCACUUGGUCAUUGGGCGUUGCUGCCCCUGCCCCUCAUCAUCGGCCGACUCAACGCCGCGUUCACCUGUACGGUGCUGCUAUACUCCCGUGUUAAGGAUUCCUCCGACGCGUCCAACGUUUUUGGCACCCGCUCAACCGGACGAUAUCAUGAGCUCCACCCGUCCUGCACCAACUGCGUCAGCAGUUGUCAAGUCAUCUUCACCGGCUGAGCAAGGAAUUACCAAGCCUCGUCCUCAACUGGAACCAUCACUUUUACCCCUGCAGCCUAUCGAUAAUGUCACAGACACGGGUUAUAUCUUGAACCUGCCACCCACUGGCACGCACAAACCGUCGCCGACGAAGACACGUCGAGGGUCAGGUGUCUCGCUAUCUGGAGGAGGAAAGCUGGGCUUCGUCUCGAUAACGGCCCCUGUUCCACCAUCAUUCCCUACGGAUUCUCCUACGAAGAAAACUCUUUCCAAUCCAUAUGCGUAUCCCAUUACGUCUACAACGUCGAUGCCGCAGUCGGCUUUGUUCACGACAUUUCCCAGCGUCAAUCCCGACAGGCUCUCAAGACAGAGUCAGCCCAUAGAUGAACCACCCAGUGAUAAUUUCGCGGAUUUUCCUGAACCAUCAUUCCACUCCAGAACUCAAUCGAAAAGGACGCUCAUGGACGCGGCUCCAUUGAAGGAGCGGCCCGCGAAAAGGCCGAAACGCGAAGACACUAACUCCAUGCGUUUACCCGAACCACAUGAAAUGCCUCCUAUAGAAGACGACGGCACAAAACCACCGUAUAGUUAUGCAACACUAAUUGGGAUGUCUAUUCUACGCGCACCAAAUAGGCGGUUAACUCUUGCGCAGAUCUACAGAUGGAUCUCAGACACGUUCUCAUAUUACAAGAACAGUGAUCCUGGCUGGCAAAAUAGCAUCCGUCACAAUCUCAGUUUAAACAAGGCAUUCAUAAAGCAGGAACGGCCUAAGGAUGACCCAGGGAAGGGCAACUACUGGGCCAUUGAACCUGGGAUGGAAGCACAAUUCCUUAAAGACAAACCCCUACGCCGGGCCACAAUGUCUAGUAUCCCCCUUCCGGCUGCUCCCCAAAGGGAGCUUGCGCAUUCACAGAGCUCUACCACGGCCACGGCCACGUGGACAGUUCCAUCGUCCGCCUAUCCUUCCGUAGUGCCGAAGUCUUCGAAGAAUGUGGAUUUGUCCUCCGACGCGACACUACCUGCUUCGGACCCCGCCCUCCAGGAUGACACAGGUGAUGAAGGUGUGGGCGGGCCUAUCACGCAGACCCUCCCCCCGCGGUCUUCUCCUCCACCGACUAUACACUCAUCACCUCCAAUUGUGCCACCUCGGUUCAUCCGCCAGGGAACCCCGCCUACUCCAUCUCAGGGUGUUCCGUCGACAGGGGUCGUUUCUCGCUCUAGAAAACGGAAGUCAACUGGCAUGAAUGAUAGCGGCUAUUUUUCUUCUUUGGAGUCCUCGGCAAUGCGACCAAACAAAGCGGGGCACAUCCUAACAUCAGACUUGGAUAUUGAACCUCCUCGUAUCAAGCGUGGCCGGGCAGAAGAAGAGAUCGCUCGGAUUAGGAGUUCUUCUCAUGAUAUCAGUCCAGGUCAUUCUGGUACGCUGAAAGACACUGGGCUUAUUGCUGGCUCUUCGCCACUUCGCAGUGAAUACGUUAGCAUGCUGCCGCCUCCCAUUACCCCUGUUAUAAAAUUCAAGAAGCCCGCAAAGCCCCCACCGUCGGUCUCCCCUAACACCAAUCUUCGAAAUCACCGCAAGAAGAUCCAGCAGAUGGUCAAUUCCCCCAUUAAGCAUUUAGGCCUCACAGAUGACGAUCUACCAUGGAGCCCAGCUUUUAACAUUCAGGAUGAAACUUUUACGCCGAAUGAAAAUCUCCACACUACUUUUGACGUAUUUGCGGAUACUACCACGGAUAACAUUUCGACGCCUGCAUAUGGUUCACCAGGAAAGCGUUCCGCGAAACGUUCACGGGGUGAUGCUAGUGGCUCAAACGGCGGUGUGCUUGCUGAUAUCACGGCUAUGAGUGUGAAUAGCCGGAUCGGCUUGCCUUCAUUUUCAUCUUCAAGCAAAACGAAAGGCCUCCUCUUUCCCGACUCACCAUCGAAGGUCCCCGAGUCUGGGCGUUUUAUAGAUGCUACCCAUGAUGAUUUUUUCUCUUUCCACCUUUUUGAUGAGAGCCCCGGAGAGGUAGAUGGCGUUGAUCUUUUGCAGGGGUUUCAAAAAAUCGGCAGCGGAAGCAAAGAAGAACCACCGAAACCCAGGCCGCAUGUGCCUAGGCCGCAGCUGAAUCAUCGGAGCAAUAUGUCAUUAUUCUGAGUCCCGAAUUGGUUCUACCCUACCGAGGAUUUGAUUGUUCGACAUCUUUGCACUCCAAAAAUAUGGUCUACCCCAAUCUAAUCUCUGCCGUUGCUUAGCGCACAAUAAUACUGAUCUUAAUCCUGGGGAUUGGAGUUUGUAUUCAACAUGAUUUGCUCUUUGGGUUGUUUAAAUUUUAGGCAGGUGAUAUGCUUGGCGUUUGGGGCAGGGGUGAGGCUUGGAAUUGGUUUUGACUUCAAUUGAUGACCUUGUUAUGACCUUGACGAUAUUUGCUAAGAUGUACAUGAAAUGCCAUGUUUUAUGAGCCUGAUUCUUGACCAUGUCUACUCUCAAAAGGCCUUGAUAUGCGCUUGUUAUCUCUUCUUCCUUUUUUAUUGUUGAUUGUAGCUAUAAUUAGUGGUCAUUUGUCAA